CGAACAUCUUUCGAAACGGUAAGAUCAUUUUAGUGGACAUAUAACAAUAUCAACGAUUCGCAGUAAUAAAAUGUUAACUAAUUCUUAUCAGAAAAGGAAUUGUAUUACAAAUUAGCAUAACAUUUUUAAUACACAGGAUUUUUCAAAAGAUUACUACAGAAUACCAAAAAAUUAAUAUGGUAUUUCUAAGAUCAUUAUUUUAUGUCGGUCUUAUAUUUAUCACCACGACAGCUUUUUCUACCGAUAAAAAUUCAAAAUCCUUCAUUGAAUUAAAUAAUCAUAAUGAUAAUCAUACUGAUAAUGUAGUGCCAAUGCAUUAUGAUGUCAAGCUUAGACCAUAUUUCAAAAAAGACCAAGAAAGAGAUGAAAUAAAUAAACGUUUUAAAACAAAAAUAGAAGAUUAUCAAGCAAAAGGUAGCUUCGUCUUCUACGGCAAUUUGGAAGUCACUAUCAAUAUUCUUCAUCCAACUACGAAUUUAAAAUUAAAUUCGUCGAGAUCAAUACUUUAUUUAUAUGGAUCUUUAAUGAAAAAUGGUAUGUCUGAUAUAUAUUCGGACAAUCUCAAAUAUGAUGCUACAUCACAACAUUGCGUUCUUUAUUUCAAUGAUAUGUUAUUACGUGGAAAUUACACACUGAAAAUAACGUUUCUCAAUGCAAUUAAUAAUACCGAAAACAUUAUAUCCCCUUUGAAUAAUAUACAACAUCAAACGAAAUUUGAACAAAAUGGGUGGCCGGAUGCAAUACAUUUUCAAGCAAUUGGAGCCCGACGAUUAUUUCCAUGUUGGGAUAAUCCUAAAAUAAGAGCCACUUUUAGGAUUUCCAUAAUACAUGAUCAGGAACACGAAGUUUUUUCAAAUAUGCCGAUACAAAAAGUAGAAGUAUAUAUACAUGAAGAGAAUGAAAAAGAAAUAUAUAUGUGGACAUCAUACUUUAUCAUCAGUCCUGCAAUAUCCACCGAUGUUGUGACGCUUGUAAUCACGCCAACUCCUUUUUCCUAUUUUCGCACAGAAAAAAUCAUUUUCUGGCAAAAAGAAGACAAAUUGCAUAAGAAUAUUCAAUAUGCUCUAAUGGUUACAAAAGAAAUAAUGUCGCAAUAUGAAGUCCAAUGGGGCAAAUUGAAAAUUCCAGUAGUGCAAUUUGUCGCAAUUUGUGGUUUGCUAUACGAUAAUUAUAACUGGGGACUAGUGUUAAAUAGAGAAACAAAUAUUAUGUACGAUGAAAAUCUACAUUCUGUUGCGCAUAAAAUAAAAGUUGCACGAUUGAUAGGACGUGGAACAAUAUAUCAAUGGUUUGGUAAUUUAAUCAAUCCAUUGUGGUCAUCUUAUUUGUGGUUUAUCGAUGGCCUUGUGCUGUUUGCAAUAGAUGCCAUCCAUGCUAUUGAGGGUUAUAAAAAUUCCGAAAUGUUAAAUUUAUUUAUAGUUCAGAAUCAAUUUGAAUCUCUUCGUUUGGACAUUCAUCUUUUCAUGGAGCCACUUAUAGCAAAAGCUAAUCCUUUCGAAAUUAAUUCUCUUACUUUGUUUUCUCGAUAUAUUAAAGCACCAUUAAUAUUGCGUAUGCUGCAGCAUUUAGUUACCGGUGAAGUUUUUCGGAAGAGUAUCUACCAGUAUCUAAAUGAACACGAAUACAGCACAUCAUCGACGCCCGAUGAUUUUUGGACCAUUAUGCAAACUGCUAUAGAUGAUUCAUAUGAACUCUCUAUUAAACAACACAUGUUUCCUAUAACAAUGAUAAUAGAUCCUUGGACUAGGUAUAAGGGUUAUCCUGUAUUGAAAAUAACGCGAAAUUAUUCUGAAAGCAGUGUGAAUAUAGCGGUAGAAAAUUACAAUACAUAUAAAGAUCAUGUUUUCUGGAUACCUGUCACUUGUACUUCGCAAAUUGAACCAAACUUUGAGAAUCUUAAGCAUCCGAUUUAUGAUCGAAGAUUAAUACUUAUGCGGUCAAAUCAGCAGCCUAUACAAGUUACUAUAAAUGACGAUGGUUGGCUGAUAUUCAAUUUACAACAAAUUGGAUACUAUCGAGUUAAUUAUGAUUCCGAAAACUGGCUAAAAAUUGCAAAAUAUUUGAACUCUAAUGAAUAUACAAAAAUACAUGUUCUCAAUCGUGCUAAAAUUAUCGACGACGCAUUUUAUUUUAUGGUAGAGCAACAACUCGAUUCUUCUAUAUUUUGGAAUUUAACGAGUUAUUUUGCACGAGAGACAAAUUAUAUAGCUUGGUAUCCUAUGAUCAAAAUUUUUGAAUACAUGUCAAGCGUUUAUCCAUUUUCAAAUAAAGAAGUUCAAAAUAUUAAGGACAAAAUAAAUGAAAUAUUGAGAGGUCUACUUGGAAAAAUAAAAUACGAAGAAAAUUCUAAAGAAAAUGAUCUUAUUAAAUGUUUAAGGCAAGAAGCAAUUAAAUGGGCAUGUAUUCUCGAUGAUUUAGAGUGUCUAGAAAAAGCUUAUGACAAAUUGUUAGAGCAUAUUGAAAAGCCGGAAACAAAUAAACUUUUGCCAUGGUGGAAAGAAUGGAUAUACUGUAAAGGUUUGAUAUCAGCAAAUAGUUCGAUUUGGCAUAAAGUGGUAAACAUCUCAAUUUCAAAGGACAAAAUAAAUAGAUCUUCAGAAUUUUUGGCUUGCGCUUCCAAUAAAAUUAUGGACGAAUAUUUAGAAUUAAUUAUGUUGAAAGAAAAUGAAGAUUUGAGUGAAAUAGACAUCAAAAAUCGUCUUAAAAGUUUUCUUGUUAUUAUUGCAAAACAUGCAAAAUACGAUAAUGUGCUUUCAAAUAUAUUAAGAAAUUUUAAUAAAUUAAUAUCAUGGGAUACAAAUGGGAUUGCAAUAUUUAUUGUUAUUGUUAAUCACGUGAAUUCUAAAGAACAAUUAGACGAGAUCAGAAAAUUUACGGAAAAUAUCAUUCAGUCAGAAGUGUACAAAAAUUAUAUUAAAAACAUAUGCAAGAAAAAAAAAAUUUUUUUUGACAAGGCAACUUUUGAUGCAUAUUUCCAUAAGUAUAAAAAUCUUGUGGCACAUUCGAUAUUGUAUGCUGAACAUAAAUUACAAAUGCGCUUGUCUGAAAUUGAGAGGCAAAUGAGCUAUCUGGAAAUUAUUUCAGAAAAAAAGAAAGUUGGAUGAGAAUAAUUACCGUUGCAUAAAAAAAAUUUUAGGCAAUAAUUCUAAAUAAUAUAUGUACAAUAGAUAUUUAUAGAUAUAUAAACUAUUUAGAUUUAAACAUGUAGAAUGAUUUAUAUUUAUGAGUAUUGUCAAUAAUUAUUUGUAAU